AUUCCUUUUUCUUCCUUGCAGUGAACACCUACCUCUUCAUGAUGCAAGCCCAAGGCAUCAUGAUCCGUGAGAACAUGCGAACUAUAGGAGCUCAGGUGUACGAGCAGGUGGUCCGCAGUGCCUAUGCCAAGAGGAACAGCAGUGUGAAUGACUCAGAUUAUCCUCUUGAUCUGAGCCACAAUGACACCUUCCUGCAAGCCACAACGUUUCUUCCUGAAGACUUUACCUACUUCCCCAACAAUACCUGUCCUGAGAGGCUCCCUUCUAUGAAGGGCCCCAUUGAUGUAAAUAUGAGCGAGAUCACCAUGGAGGAUAUCCACCAGUUCUUCUCUAAAGACCCUUCCAUCAAGCUGGGAGGGCACUGGAAGCCGAGUGACUGCCUGCCUCGCUGGAAGGUGGCCAUCCUGAUCCCAUUCCGCAAUCGAUACGAGCACCUCCCCGUCCUCUUCAGACACCUCAUCCCCAUGCUGCAGCGGCAACGUUUACAGUUCGCCUUUUACGUUGUGGAGCAGGCUGGAAACCAACCCUUCAACCGUGCCAUGCUCUUCAACGUUGGCUUUCGGGAAGCAAUGAAGGACUUGGACUGGGACUGCCUCAUCUUCCAUGACGUGGACCACAUACCAGAGAAUGACCGUAACUAUUAUGGGUGUGGACAGAUGCCGAGGCACUUUGCAGCCAAGCUGGAUAAGUACAUGUACCUGCUCCCGUACAACGAGUUCUUCGGGGGGGUGAGUGGCCUGACUGUCGAGCAGUUCCAGAAGAUCAACGGAUUCCCCAACGCCUUCUGGGGCUGGGGUGGCGAGGAUGACGACCUCUGGAACAGAGUACAGUACGCAGGCUACUCGGUGACUCGACCAGAAGGAGACACAGGGAAAUACAAAUCAAUUCCCCACCAUCAUCGGGGAGAAGUGCAGUUCCUAGGAAGGUACGCCUUGCUGAGGAAGUCAAAAGAAAGGCAAGCCCUGGACGGCCUCAAUAACUUGAACUACUUUCCAAACGUCACAUAUGACGCCUUGUAUAAGAACAUCACUGUUAACCUGACACCAGAGCUGGCUCUGGUGACCGAAUAUUAAAAGGAGAAAAUAACUUUGCUCUGCCCUUCACCAAGAAAGCACCACGCUAGACUUUCUCUUCCAAGGGUUAUUGAGGACAAGCAACACUUUGUCUAAUGAAGGAUCACAGUAUUUUGGAGAAUGAGGCUGAAAGUGCACGCACAAAUUGCCCUAGCUGUAGCAAUCCAGCCCGAUACCCGGGCAGCGAGCUCAGCAGUCUCUUUAUUUUUUUCUGCCACUUGCUUUCUGGGUUUCAGGACAACAGUUCGACCUGCUGCUCUCAUCUCCACAUUCCUCCUCCAGCAAUCUCUGGCACUGGGACUCUCCUCGGAUGCGCUUUCUCCUGCGGGAAGCGGCUCAGCUGAGGGACUCUGGCUUCUUGGCGGUGAACGUCAGGAGCAAUUUGGUUGGCAACUGCCCUGGUGGGAGAUCAAACGACUUCUGAUGCCGUUCUUCUAUGUCUGUGCAGUUUUUUAAAUGACCUGCUUGAAGUAUAUACAACAGAAUCGCUUCUUAAAGAAGUGUAAGUGUAAAUAUGCUGUGUAAAUUGCCCCUUUUUAUUUUUCUCCUAUGGCUCAAGUCCAAGCGAGAGGUUUACAUACGGUCACUCAUUUUAGUCCUGAGUUCUGUAAACACUUGUGUGAGCAUCACUGUACUUGUGCAAGGUGUUCCCUUUUAAGCCUGUGAGACUGCUUGCAUGAUUCCAGCUGGGCAUAUGCAGAAAUGUUUGUGGGCCAGGGCCCAGAACCUUCCAGUGCAGAGGGUGAGAAAUACAGCCGGGUCAUCACUCAUUCCAGAAACCGCAGGGCUGGCUUGUUCCAGGGAGGGUGAGGAAAUGGGAAUAUUUAUUAAAAAACCUCCCUUUUCUGUCACUUUUGCAACAUGAUGUGCAAAUGAGUCCAAAAGCCGUAAGGAACAGAGUCCCAUGGCUGUUGCUCUGUGUCCCACUGACGCAGGGUGAGCCCGGCAGCGCUCUCGGCGAGGCUGGGGGAGCGCAGCCCCCGGGCUGGGAUGGACCCACUGUUCCCACAGGAGCCCUCCCUGGACAGCAGCGCUUGCCCUCACUCUGGAACGUGCUGGAAGGGUUUGGGAGGUUGGUUUGGUGUGUAUCAUGUAAAUCACAGGGUGCUGUCUCUCUCAGUACCUGGCAGCACUGGCGUGGGCACAGCCGGUGGGACGGGGUCACAGCUCAGUGAGAGACAUGAAGGACACAUGAAAAUGUGGGGACUGGGAGCCAGAGCUUGGUCUGACAGCCCAUGCAGCCAUCCAGUGUCAUCCCUCUUUUCUUCACAGCCACGUGGGCAGGCUGGACUUUGGGCUCUGUCCCCACGGACACAGUCCAGCCCUUACACAGCACUGACACCACAUCUUUCACUGGACCUCUCUGACUCAAAAGUAAAUACAUUGGGUGUUGGUUUUAGUUUGUAUUUCCACACAACAAGGGCGGGUACUUGACCUCCAAAAGACUUUAACUCUUUUCAUUGCAUUGUUUGCCUUCAGUUUCCUGAACUUCUCAUGGUUUACAUUGUUUUCUCAGUUCCGUGGACGUAUGAUCCCCAUACGCAUCUGUGGUGGGUGUGACUGCCCAGGGCAUUCCUAACCUGUAUCCAGAAAACGUUAGUUUAGAAAACACAAGUUUUGUGUGGAUCUUAUCGGCCGGCAUGAGAGGACAGCGAGCCUGCCCUUGAAAAGCGCUGAUGAGUUUGUAACUAAGUUUUAAAGUCUCUGAACUUACAUGUGCUUUAAACUUGCUUCCCGAGGGGAUUCAGCCUGGUUAUUUAUAGGCAGAGGUGAGGAUUUGCUUUUCCUGGCACAUACAGCAAUAAAGACUUUUGCUUCGGAAUCUUGAUCUGUAAUUCACGUGACCCUUUCCGGGUGCUGAACCCGCGUUGCCCUGCCCCUCUUUUCUUUCAUCUUGAGACCUUGCUAGAAACCUGUCUUUGUUUAAUGGUGCUUCAAACAAAGAAUGUAUUUCAACUAGUCCAAGUUCACUACCCCAGAAUCAUGCAUGUGUGUGUGAGUAGGUGUUGGACUACCUUAGUUGGGAUCCUCAGCCUUCCAUGUCCCUGCCACCCGUCGCACCUGGUGUGGAACAGAAGCCGUUACCUCUGCUCAGAACUGCACUCUGCGGUUGGCACAGAAGGGUCCAUCCCCAGCAGCAUCCCAUCCUUCGUUUCUAACCAUGUUGAGUUUAUUUUCCCUUUUUAAAAUGUGGAUUAUCUGAAAAUGUGCACUGUUAAUCUUAUCAGCUAUGUCAAAUACUGUAUAGUAAAUGUAACUGUUAAAAACAUACUGUCAAGCGCAUGUGCUGUUAUGGUGUAAAAAUUCCUGUAUUAAGGAGAACUUGUACAUAUUCUGGCAGCUGAAGUUCCACAAGGCCACUCGUUUGCCCCUUCCACGUCAGCGCCGUCAGCCAGCCCUGCUGGAGGGCAGGUCCUGUGCGAUGCUGAUUUAUUUUUUUUAAAUGAGCCAUGUGGGUUUUAUUUGCAAAACUAUUUAUUGACAGUUAAUUCUCUGUAAAGCUCUGCUUCUCUAAGGGAGGAACCGUCUGAGCAGUGGCCGCGCACUUCAGGCCCCUCACCAUCAGAAGUGGCUUUAAACUCGCGAGCAGCUUUCCAUCAUCAUGGCUUUUGAGCUUACUGUUAUGUUUUUAAGAGGUGCCAGGGGGACGUUUUUGCACUGAAGAUUAGUGUUUUACAACACACACACACACUUCUCAGCAAAGCAAUCCUUUGUGUCAUUACAUUUAUUUACCCAUGUGUUUGUACAUUUUUGUAUUUGUUAAUUUAUGAAUGAUUUUUUCAGUAAAAAAUACAUAUCCAA